AUGGGAACAGCACUAUCAAAAAUAAUUACAAUAAAUGAAGAAAAUCGUUUGGUAAUAUCGAACAAGCCAGUUUUUCAAUUAGCACAUAAGGAUGCCGUUCGUAUGAGAAAUAAAUUAAGAGUAGCAAAGAAUAGAAUAAAUAAUUUUCUUAAAAAGAGUUUAAAAACAACAUCAUGGGUUGUAUGGAUAGCAGGUGUUUCAGUAGUUGUUUUAGUAACACCUAUAGCUUUUCAAUAUGAAAAAGAGUGUCAAUUAUUUGAAAUGCAAGCUCAGUUCUUUCAAGCCCAACAAGCAGCCAAUGUUCCACAAUUAAAUUAA